ACGGGAGCCCCGCUACAAACCACCCCUGGCCUGGGAUGAGGCUACGCUGCGCUAAGCUACGCACUCCACUGACCAGGAAUGACCGCCUGUUGCAAGCUUGACCUGCUCUGCUAAGUCCUCUAGUACAGGAUCCUAGAUCGAUCAAAAUUGGCAGUCGAUCAUGAAAUUGAUUUCCCAGUAAAGAAAGAAGCUGCGCAAAAAAGCGUCUCUGACCUGCCAGUCCAUCGCUCGGUGCUGCAGCCCAGGGAAGCAGGCAUACCACAAUACCUAUCGCUCGUACCAAUCUCCUCCGACUCCAUCGCCACACCAAAUAGUUGGCAGCGCGAAACCCCCUCCUUUCGAACUCCAUCACUAUCAUCUGCGAGAUGUCGUCCGCUUCGUCGCGGCCAAGGGCGAGUAGGCGUAUGAACAGCAUCCAAAACGAGAACCGCAUGUCCCGCAACCCGUCCAGAAUACGGGCGAAAGCAGUGAGCUACAACGAUGCAUAUACAUUUGCUUUGCGGGUUGCAUAUCUUCACUACCUGCUCCAACCAAGGGCAAAGAGGAAGCAAUAUGUCUCAGCACCCAAGCCAAUCAAAGCACGGAAGACUGUUAUGAUUGGGGAUCUGGUCCAAGAAUUUUCUUUGAUCAAGGAUACGAAAAGUGCCAAAUUUCCCCAUGGCUUCAUGUCACCACUCGAGAAACGAAUACAAGGAGUUCUAGUCAAUACCGAAAGGCUCCCGGGUUACAACGAUGCAGCAGUCAAGAGAACUUUUGCCGAAGCUUAUACAGCUUUCACGGAGGCAGGAUUCCGAAGACGAAUGGACAAGGAGCGGCGUGUAGAAGACCUAGUUCUGAUCUUUUAUUCUAAUGCAACGAAGGCGUUACAAAAGGGCAAGGCCCCCGACGACGAUUCAUGGAAACCACUGGUCGACCGCCAUGUUGCCCUGUUUGUGAGGUUGAUCAGUAAUACUUUGAAAGCCCACGGUAACGACAAGGACAAGCCGGAGCUCAUGAGCCGAUUGGCGACUUUAGAAAGCAAGCUGCUCACGAAUGACCAGGAUUUAUACGUCGACACUGCGGAUGGACCGGGUGGAGCUAGUAUUGAGGUCAUCGUACCACUCAGUCACGACGUGAAAGACAUGCCAAUGGUCCAGGUCGUGGCUAGAAUAUUCGGCCUAGCUCUUUCUCAAGUCCAGUCUGAUAUCGACUCUAACAAGAAUCUCUGGACAGAGGAGGCUGCCCUUGCCGAUCUCAAAGCAUAUCAACAUUGCCUUAAUGCCAAUACUAAACGUACCCUACGGAGUGACGACUUUGAUCUCGAGGAUGCUUAUCAAGCUUGGAAGCGAGCAGAAGGGCCAGACCUCUCUCACAUGAUGGCGGAAAUCCUACAAGCGAGACCUGAGCUUGUAAAAUUAUCGUCAGGUUCAAAUAAGCCUCUACCACCAGUGCGAUCCUCGUCUUCAUCACCGAAUGACGAGCAAGCUUAUUCGGAGUUGGCAAGAUCUAUCGCAAGCCCGGUCGAAUCCAGUUCGUCCGCCUAUGGAUUCGAUCAACCUGUCGAUAUGAGUUCAUUGACCCUGGAUGAUGACCAACCUGGCCGAUUGUUCCUCGAACAGUCCACUUAUACGUUCAUACCGCCAGACCCACGAUCGUUCUACAGGUCAAUUCUAUCACAUGCCAUGACUUUUGAUCAGUUGCAUGCUCCCCAACCAAUUGAAGGUCAGAGUGCGGCUCCACCACUUUCGAAAGCGACUCUGGAAUUGCUCAAUGAACUUUGCAUUCGAUGGCGAAUCCCACAAUUCUCAAGACUCGUCUUAUUUCUAGAUGUUGCGGCUCAGAAGUUCUUGGACCAGGAGAUUGGACUUGAGGAGCUGGACGCCUCUUUCGAAUUUGCCAAAAGCCCACCAGUUGAGAACAAACGUUCUAGUACAUAUGCGCCCGUUACCAGUCUUAGCAACAUAGACCAAAGCCAAUGGACAGUCCAAGACUUUGUCCUGUACCGCCAAAUCUUGUCAACUUUGAAUGACGGGCUACUUCGUGACCUCUACGAUCUGCUUCAACACUGCUAUGACUCUAAGCCGCCUUCUCCGGGUCCUGUCUUGCUUAUACUAGAAUGCCAUAUUCAUAGCGACCCUUCAUUCGACCUAGGCUCGGGCGAACUCGAGGCAUACCAGGCACAGCUGGCAGAAGGUCUUCGCACCAAAGCUGCCUCUGUGUAUCGGGGUUAUCUGGAGGCCGAAGUGCCACAGAACCAAGAAGAGUGGCAAUUUUUCCAUGUUGUCCAGUUGGGGAAGUCCGUCGUAAAGCUCUGCGAGCGGAUACAAAAACGGUACAGGAAAAAUCCAGAUAUCAUGGGCGUUAAUCCCUUGACAAUACUGGUUGAGACAAUGUUUCCCAGCUUUGAGAAUGAUGCUGGAGACCUCAUUCAGCGAAUUCUUCAGGUGGCCCAGGCCAACAACUCCGAAGUCGAUCUGCAAGAUGGAUUUGACCUCUACAAGGAGCUGAUUGAGAUUCGACGUAUCCACCAUAGUGCUCUUCCACAGCGCCCAUUCGCAUUCAAUAUUGAAGAACUUCUCGCAGAUUUUGUGUGGCGCUGGAUCCGGGUUUCUGAUGGAAGAAUGGUGGAGCUUGUUGAUGAGGCCAUCAAGCAAGACCAGUUCCAAGUCAGAUCUGAUCACCGUGAUCGACCUGCCACUGAUGACGAACGACACAGUGUAUCGGUGAUUGAUAUUUUCCGCAUGUUCAAUCAACUGGCAGAUCAGAUCUUCACCCUAGGUUGGGACGAUGAUGUUCAGUAUGCUAAGUUUAUGACCGCGUUAUCCAAGUCGUUCGGCAUGGGACUUGCAAGAUACUGCGAAGUCUUGGAACAAAGGUUCACUAAAGAGAUGGAUCGGUUGUCACCUGCUCAGGAAGCUGCUGCUGCACAAACGAAGCAGGAAAAGUGGAUGCAGCUGGCAAAAGAUGCGUGGAACAAUAAAGAGAAGAUCGAGCCUUUUCAGUUUUAUCCAGAGUCGUUUGUGAAGCUAAACAACAUUGAGUAUGCUAUUCAGCAACUGGAUGUGCUUGAGAAGACGAUGAACGUUGAUGCAUGCGCCGAUGUAUUAGCCAAAGUCGCCCCUCCUAAAGACAAGCAACGACGGCCUUCGAAGUACGUUUUUACGAUCAAAAUCGUGGAGGCAGAGGAGCUUAAAGCGUGUGAUCCAAAUGGUACCAGUGAUCCUUACGUUGUACUUGGCGACGAGUAUCAGAAACGACUCGCUAAGACGAGAGUUGUGAUGAGAAACCUGAAUCCGCGUUGGGAUGAGUCCGUUGAUAUUACGGUACAAGGUGCUCUCAACGUUAUCGCUACAGUGUGGGAUUGGGAUACAUUUGGCGAUCAUGACUUCGUGGGACGAACAUCCCUCAAACUGGACCCAGUCCAUUUUAGCGACUAUAUGCCGCGAGAGUACUGGCUGAAUUUGGACACUCAAGGAAGGUUGCUUCUCCGAGUCAGCAUGGAAGGAGAGAGGGAUGAUAUACAGUUUUAUUUUGGCAAAGCUUUCCGCCUGUUGAAAAGAACAGAGAGAGACAUGACACGAAACAUUACUGACAAGCUUUCCCAAUAUAUAAAUGCCUCUCUUUCAACAGAUGCGUUAAGGCACCUGUUAUCUCGGGGAGGUAUAUCGGCUUCGGUAACGAGUCUAUGGAAGAGCAGGCAGUCAAUCAUGCCAACUAUUACGCCACUGGACGUCGAGAAUGCCCUGAAGCCAUUGUUUACUUAUUUUGACGAGAAUUUUGCCAUCAUGAAACAAACAUUGACUGAGGCAUCGAUGGUCAUGGUCAUGACCCGCCUCUGGAAAGAAGUCCUCCUAGCUCUAGAAGGUCUCCUCGUCCCUCCACUCUCCGAUAAACCAUCGAGCCAACGUCCACUCACCCAACAAGAGAUGGAUAUCGUCUUCAAGUGGCUCGAGCUCCUUUUCGAAUUCUUCCAUGCUAAAGACGAAGAAACGGGCGAAGUCAUGGGUGUUCCAGCUGAUGUUUUGAAGUCACCAAAAUACCACGAGCUAGCUUCGCUAAACUUCUUCUACUUCGACACAACUGAGAACCUCAUCCGUACUUCCGAGCGUAUGACGACAGCAUCUAUACAGCGAGCCAACGUCCAGCGUAAUCGUCUCUCAGCACCGCCUACAUUGGGAGCUUCGUUUGGAGGUCUCAUGGGGGCAACAUCUAUGAGGAGAUCGAAGAGUAUCAUGCUUAGUCGAAACUUGGGUACGAUGAAGAAGGCGAAAGAGGAGAAGAGAAAGGAAGCCCAAGCCGAUCCAAGCGAUGACAUGAUCUUGAGGAUCCUGAGAAUGAGACCCGAAGCCGCAAAUUAUCUUCGAGAUCGGUCGAGGCAGAAGGAGCGUCUUGCAGCAGCGGCCGCCGCGGAGAUGAUUGUCAGGCAGAGUCUUGCAGCUGGCGGGCCAAGAUUUGGCGCAAAUAAUCUUCCAAGGAGGUGAAUUGAUUCUGGAGUUUACACUUUGGCCUUGUUUAUGGGGGUCCUGGAGGGCAUUUCAAUGGAGUUGGCAAUGAUCGGGAUUGGUAUGAGGUCGGCCAACUUGAGAUGGGAGGAAUAAUAUGAUGAUGAUGGAGAUGAGGUGCUUAUUUGAUACAGCACAUGAUAAUGCUUGCUUUGCUCGCUCGCGGAACUGGCGUUGGAAGAGAUACCAUAGUGUUAAUUUUGUAUUUGAAAGUACUUUAGCAGCAACCAAUGAAGGACAUCUACUGAAUAAAUUUGUUUCUGUGACGAGAUCCAUUGACAUGGUCCUUGCUUCUCAGACUAACAUUAUCAUACUCCUUUCUCCUAUGACUACCAUACCCAUCUCCAACAGCCAUCAAGCCAGCCAAAUGCAGUGGUCACGCAUACACGCACCACUCAGGGUACUUGGCGUCGCGGCGGGAGAGAAAGGUGGUACGGGCCUGAAUGUCGAGAUGGCUCAUUGGAUAACAUACAUCGCUGCACUGAAGUGGGGGGUUGUAUAGCACCGUACACCGUAUGGAACUUGUCCAUACAGAUGUGGAGGGCUACUCAUGUACGCACUUGUAAGGAAGAUAUUGUAUCCUAUCGAAUGUGUAUGGCUGCAUGUGAGCGAGGCUGUAAGGAUGCGAGCAACUGCCGGUGGGAAUGGGAGGUCGUGCUCUUAUGAGGGAGUAGUAGUACUUUGGAGUGUGAAACCAACACAGCAAACACGCAAACAAUUCACAGAAUGAAUAAAGAUCUGAUAAUCUCGAGAUCGCGAGUAAACAAGCCAAGCGACAAGAACUGCAUCUCGGUGUCGCCGACCGAAAUUACUGGAGCAUGUCUCCAAGCAUGGGAAAAUUUACGGCUUUGUUGCUCCUUGUGUUCCGAGUUUUGGAGAAAAUUUGGACAUUUUUGGAGACUUUUGGUGGAGUUCGUCUUGACAAUUGCCACUGGCGCAACGUUGUAACCAUUCCUCAGGACGACUGGGUCCAAAACAGGCGAAUGUCUCCACUGGCACGAAUCACGACUCGCUAUCUUACUCGAUGUGCUUGAAGUGCCCAGUAUGAAUGUUCCGCUAGCCGGUUUACCGAACGGAGAUGGUUGUGUGAUCGGCUGCUGAGUCCAAAUGGUUGUGAAGAAAAGUGGAGAGUGGUACCUUAUGUUUUUGAUGCCUUUUUUGCACGAGGAUAGGACGGGAAUGCUGAGCUGUGCAGUGUUUGGUAUGGCUGUGUGGCUUGAUUGUCAGGAAUGCUGAAACUGCGGUAGCUGAGACGAGCAGAUUGACGAUACUGUACUGGAUAUGAGGUCAUGGGUAGGCAAGGAGGAGAUGUGACUGUGGAAUUCAUCCCGUCGAUGGGAUAAAGUGUCUUUGAAAGGGGUUCAUGUUGACGAGUUGAAGUCUGUUUGAAGUGGAGUGCUGACGGGGGUUGUUGAUGAUCUUUUGCCCUUCUCGUCAAGGUUUCGCCAGAUACGGUGGGAAGAUCGUUGGAGCCACAAAACGGGAUCGGCUGAUUCGCCUAUCUGACUACGUUUCAGGUGUGUGGGUUUUUCGUGGUGAUCCUUUUAGUUUUCGGAUUUUUUUGGGAGACAGAUACUUGGUGUUUGGGGGAAAUAAACCCCUACCCUGUCUCUAUCAGCACGAGCCUCAGUAAGGACAGCUAUCCAAUCACCUCAUUGGAAUAGGUCUAUUUGUGGGGAAGAAACUCCUAGAACCACACCUCAGGGUAUGGGUUUAUUUCCCCCAAACACCAAGUAGACGCUGUCAGAUGCUGCAUAUCGAUCUCAACGUCGGCAUAUCUGGGAUGAGAGGAUAGGGACGAGAGAAGGGAGAGAGCGACAGGAGAAGAUAUGCGGUCAAAUGACGAUGAGGGACGGAGAUCGGUUUAGGGGUUCAGAGCAUCGUUUCGUGUUUGUUCAUCGCAAUCUUAGAAUGGCGUGGCUUAGCUUCAGAGGGUUUAACAUUCCUAAAUGUUACCAAAAGAGGGGUCCUCUGGUCCAGCGUGAUUUGUCGGGCAUAAUUUACAUAUGCCCAAAGGGCGUUGACGAGGUUGAACAACGAGGUUUUCUCCUCCAAAAACGAACUUUUCACAAUCUCCCUGGUCCGGGGCGGCAUUGUACCAGUAAGGAUACUUGGGCAGCCAGGACCAGUUGGAUAGGUUGGGUUUUGUGACGGUACCUAAUGGUAUGUUGACAACGAUCCCAAGCAGUGGUUAUGCAUGGAUGCGCAUGCGCUCAGCUACUUUUGAAGCAAACGAUGCAGAAGCAGCAGACACAGGAUGAACCCGGGUUCUAGUUAUCUGAUUGUUGUAGGUUGAUAUUGGACACCGCAUCAACUCCAAUAAUGAUGAAUGAAGCGACGCUGAAAAUGCGAUGAGAUGAGAUGAGAUGAGAUGAGAUGAGAUGAGAUGAGAUGAGAUGACAUGAGAUGAGAUGAGAUGAGACGAGAUGGAAAUGAUCCCUGCGGUCUCAACUGCUCUUCUGCAUAUCCAAAAACGCCACCUCGUCACUCAUCUUGAAACAUUAUCCAGCUCCAGCUCCAGCUCCAGCUCCAGCACCCGCACCACCCCAGCUUGAACAUCCGCACGCAUUACAUUACUGUACAGUAUUCUGUCUGUACUGAGUUUGUCGCGUCCCCGUCUAUGCCUCUGUACCUAGGUGCCUAAGGUAAAUCUCAGAAUCUUCUCCCGUGACCUUUGCACCCCUGUCUGCGAGACCCAACGGGCAGGUCCCAUUGGGUACAGUAGGGGUCAGCGACUCAGCGCUGAAGCAACUCCCCGUUCCAGCCUAUCAGCGCAGUGUUCGUGUCACUGGC